AUGUUGGUGCUUUUCGGUGUGAUUUGCGUGCUGAUAUUCCUCUGUAUUGAAUGGACGCGAUAUGUCCGCCGUUAUCCGCCAGGACCGUUCCCUUUGCCGUUGAUCGGAAAUCUUCAUCAUAUAAUGCUUGGAAAAAUAAAACAUGGAGGAAUCGUUGAACUCAUGAGAGUUUGGCAAAAGGAAUACGGUAACGUGAUCACAUUCUGGUUGGGACCGAUAGCUACCGUUCAUAUUCUGGACUUUGAAACAGCAAAGGAAGAAAUGCUCGUCAACGGCGCUGCCUAUGCAGAUCGAUACACACCGUAUGUUCUUGAUGUGAAACGAGAAGGCCGUGGUACAGUCUUCUCGAGCGGCGAUUUUUGGGCUGAUCAUCGCCGUUUCUCUUUGAGGACGUUACGCGAUCUUGUGUUCAAGAAAAACAUCCUGGAGGAGAGGAUCAUGGAUGAGUUCCAGUACAAGUUAGUUCGGUUUUUCGUGGACCACUUCUUAUUUUGGCUCUUGUCUUUUUUCUCUUUCUUCAGCAAGUCUUCUUCUUUGUGGGAAUAA